CAUCGGCGUCAUCACCAGCAAACAUCAAGAGUCAAAGCACUCAUAGCUUGAGACCUUUCUUCUUUCUUCUUCGCAUCUCUCUUACAUUCUCUCUAUAACACAGCGCUUUGCGGACUUUUUCUCUCGAAGUUUAAAAUUUUCUUCUCAAGAUUUGUUUGGCUUGCUUGGUUGGCUUUACUUGGAAAUGACCUGGCGGACAUUUCAAUGAUGCAGUUUAGCCAUCACAGCUACCUGUAUUGCUUUGAUGUUGUGGGCAGUAUGCUGAUAAUUGUUGGGGGCAAUGCAAAGGUAUCAUACUGGCAGCUCCACUGGUGCAGUUAGCAGCAGUGCUCUGGGCAGACAAUCUGUCAGGGACACUGGAAGAGCUGAUUCAUCUUCCUUGUUUUCUAACUAUUCCGUAAGUUCAAGACGACAACCUCAGCUCAACCCAUACAAGUUGAAGUGUGAGAAAGAGCCUCUAAACACUAGACUUGGGUCACCAGACUUUUUUCCCCAAACACCAAAUUGCCCUGAGGAGACUCUGACGAGAGACUAUGUGCAAUCUGGAUAUAGGGAAACAGUUGAGGGCCUUGAGGAAGCUAGAGAAGUUUCAUUGACUCAGGUUUCAAAUUUUAACAAGGCGGUUGUUUUAAAUUGUAAAGAGGCUGUUAAGAAACGCCUAAGGGCAAUUAAUGAAACUCGUGUUCAGAAGAGGAAGGCUGGUCAAGUCUAUGGAGUGGCUCUUUCAGGAUCACAACUCAACAGGUCUGGUAUCUUCCCUGAACAAAGGCCGGCUGGUGAAGACUUUCGAAAAAAAUGGAUCGAGGGCUUAUCUCAGCAGCACAAACGGUUAUGCACUUUGGCUGAUCAUGUUCCUCAUGGUUUUAGAAAGAGACUACUUUUAGAAGUUCUUAUCAAGAAUAAUGUGCCAUUGUUAAGGGCAACUUGGUUUAUCAAAGUUACUUACCUGAAUCAGGUCCGGCCUGGUUCUGCCAGUAUUUCUUCAGGGAUUGCUGCUGACAAGGCUCAGCUGUCUCGUUCUGAGAAUUGGACCAAAGAUGUUGUUGAUUACUUGCAAUCUCUUCUGGAUGAAUUUGUCUCCAAAAAUGCUUCUAAUCCUACCCAGUCUAGUCGUGACUGUUCGCUGCAAGUGCAUCACGCAGGAUCGUUGCAGCACAGGGGUGAUCCUGUAUCAUCAGUUUCUGAUAACGGAGAGCCAUCUGUAUAUUUUAAAUGGUGGUAUGUUGUGCGGCUUCUGCAAUGGCAUCAUGCUGAAGGCCUGGUUCUUCCUUCUCUUGUCAUUGAUUGGGUUUUGAAUCAACUAAAGGAAAAAGCAUCCCUCGAGAUUUUACAGCUGCUAUUGCCUGUCAUAUAUGGCUUUUUAGAAACUGUUGUUCUUUCUCAAACAUAUGUACGUAAUCUUGCUGGAAUGGCUCUUCGAAUCAUCUGUGAUCCUGCUCCAGGUGGAUCAGACCUUGUAGAUAAUUCCCGGAGGGCUUAUACAACUUGUACUCUGAUUGAGAUGCUCCGAUAUUUGAUAUUUGCAGCACCAGAUACAUUUGUUGCUUUGGAUUGCUUUCCUUUGCCAUAUUCGGUUGUUUCACAUUCAGUAAAUGAUGGAAGUUUUGCACUAAAAGCAUCUGAAGUUGAAGGAAAGAUAAAAAUUUGUUUAGAAGAUGUUCCCUGUCUAUUAAAAAGUAAAGGAUUUGAUUCACAAUAUCAAUCAUUGGCAUUUGAUCAUAUGAUUUCAUGCAUUCAAAAGGAUGCACAUCAUCUUGCAAAGGCUGCAAACUCAGGCCAUACAGGUCAUUGUCUGGCUAAAGCUGUACAAUCUUUGGACAAAUCUCUUGUGCUGGGUGAUGUAUGCCUAGCCUAUAAACUCCUUUUUGAUGAUCAAUGUGAUGGAACUGUGUUUGAAGGUUGGGCUGCAAAAGUUAGCCCUUGCUUAAGGUUAUCAUUGAGUUGGGUGGGGACCAUAAGUUCUUCAUUUAUGAAUUCAGUGUUUUUCCUUUGUGAGUGGGUAACAUGUGAUUUCAGGGAUUUUCGAACCGCUCCUCCAUGUAAUAUAAAAUUCACAGGCAGGAAAGAUCUUUCUCAGGUGCAUAUAGCAGUUAGACUUCUAAAGAUGAAGAUGAGGGAUAUGCAUGUUUCAUCAAGACAAAAGAAUGGAAGCAUUAACAGAAUUAGUAAACUAAAAAAAUCUUCAAAUCUUCACACUACUGGAAAUUUUAUGUGUAGUAUAUCAAAAGUAAAACCUAGUUCAAAAAAUGUUGGCUCAAGUUCCAAUUCUUCAGUUGUAUUUGAAAGCCCAGGUCCUUUGCAUGAUAUCAUAGUUUGUUGGAUUGAUCAGCAUGCAGUACAUAAAGGGGAAGCUCUCAAUCGCUUAAACCUAUUCGUAGUGGAACUCAUUCGAGCUGGAAUUUUUAACCCCUUGGCAUAUGUGCGGCAGCUAAUUGUUAGUGGGAUCAUGGAUAUGAAUGUAAGUUUUGUUGACUUGGAAAGACGGAAGAGACACUAUAGAAUUUUGAGGCAGCUUCCUGGUAGGUUCUUACAAAAUGCUUUGGAAGAAUCAGGGAUUGUUGAAGGAAUACAGCUCGUGGGAGCCUUGCAAAUUUACUUGAAUGAACGUCGGCUUAUACCUGUUUCGUUUAGUGAUCAGAGUAAUGAUGCUACUGCCUCUUCAUCUUCAUUGAAGCAAAGACAUGAUCCAUCUUCCACAAAGGACGGGGCUUCUUCAUUGAAAAUUGAUUCUCAUUUGAAGAUUAAUCUUUCUGGCACUGUUGCAUCUAAAAGUGAGAAGGAUGACAAAGAUGUUGAAGAACUGAAAGCAGCCAUCGCAGUACUAUUACAGCUGCCUAACAGUUUAUCAGAUUUGAGUGAUGCAGGAUUGUAUGAAUCUCAAGGAAGUGUCAGAGCUAUUUUGUCUCCUUCCAGCAAGGUUGAUCCUGUGGAAGGUACACUUGGGUGUGAAGAAUGUAGAAGGGCAAAGAGACAAAAAAUAAGUGAGGAAAGAAACUCAUCUAUUCAGGGUCAUUCAAUAGUUUUAUCUGAUGAAGAAGAUGCUUGGUGGAUGAAGGGGAUGAAAUCCUUGGAGUCUCUCAAAGUUGAUGAACCAGUGAAGUCAACCAAGCAACUUACUAGGAGUCGGCAUAAGACUGUUCGUAAAACCCAUAGUCUUGCUCAACUGGCAGCUGCCAGAAUUGAAGGUAGCCAGGCAUCAACAAGCCAUGUAUGUCAUAGUAAGGUAAGUUGCCCUCACCAUAAAACUGCAAUGGAUGGUGAUAUGCCAAAGUCAGUGGAUGGAAUCCAAACAAUUUCCUGUGAGGAUAUUGUCUCAAUUGGAAAGGAUCUUAAACGGCUUCGCUUUGUUGAGAAAAGGGCAAUAGCAAUUUGGUUGAUGAAUGAAGUUAGGCAGCUAGUUCAGGGGACUGAAAAGAAUGCUGGUCCAAUUGGCCAGUCUGGUCGGCCUUUUGCUGUCGCUGAUGAUAGAAGCUCAAUACGGUGGAAACUUGGGGAGGAUGAACUCUCUACUAUACUAUACCUGAUGGACAUCUCUGAUGAUUUAGUGUUAGCAGUCAAGUUCCUUCUCUGGUUGGUGCCAAAGGUUCUCAAUAGCCCCAGCUUUACAAUUCAUAGUGGGAGGAAUGUACCAGUGAUGCCAAGUAAUGUGGACAGCCAAGUUUGUAAUGUGGGAGAGGCUUUUUUGUUAUCAUCACUGAGAAGGUAUGAGAACAUUCUUGCUGCAGCUGACCUUGUUCCUGAAGCUCUGUCAGCUGCAAUGAAUCGUACGGCUGCCAUUAUGGGAUCCAAUGGAAGGAUUUCAGGUUCAGCAGCAGUAGCAUUUGCUCGUUAUUUUUUGAAAAAAUAUAGCAAUGUGGCUAGUGUCAUUGAGUGGGAGAAAAGUUUUAAGGCAACAAGUGAUAAAAGACUUUCUUCUGAGCUUGAUUUUGGAAGGUCAGUGGAUGGAGAGUUAGGGUUUCCCCUUGGAGUUCCCAAGGGAGUUGAGGAUCUUGAUGAGUUUCUCCGUCAAAAGAUAACUGUUGGCCGGUUAUCCAGAGUAGGGUUGGGCAUGAGAGACUUAGUGCAACGUAAUGUAGAAGAGGCAUUGCAUUAUCUUGUUGGAAAGGAGAGAAAGCCCGUUGCUGGUGCACCAAAAGCACCUGCUAUAGAAAAAUGGGAUAAUGGAUAUCAAAUUGCUCAACAAAUAGUGAUGGGUUUAAUUGACUGCAUAAGGCAGACUGGCGGUGCUGCUCAAGAAGGGGAUCCCUCUCUAGUCUCUUCUGCUGUUUCUGUCAUUGUUGGUAGUGUGGGGCCAACUAUAGCAAAAAUACCUGAUUUUUCAGUUGGAAAUAAUCAUUCAAGCACAACAUUGUCUACAAGUUCACUGAACUAUGCAAGAUGCAUUCUACGAAUGCAUGUAACUUGUCUGUGCCUACUUAAGGAAGCUCUGGGAGAACGUCAAAGCCGUGUAUUUGAGAUUGCUCUUGCAACAGAAGCUUCUACUGUUCUUGCUGGAGUUUUUGCUCCUAGCAAAGCAUCCCGUGCUCAAUCUCAAAUGUCUCCUGAAGCCCAUGAUACUGGUAUUAAUAUUUCUAGUGAUCAUGUAAACAACUCGAGCAAAGUUGUAUUUGGGAGAUCAACAAAAAUCGCGGCUUCUGUUUCUGCACUUGUUGUUGGUGCUGUUACAUAUGGUGUUUCCAGCCUGGAAAGAAUAGUAACCGUCCUCCGGUUGAAGGAGGGUCUGGAUGUAGCACAGUUUGUAAGAAGCAUGAGAUCUAACUCAAAUGGAAAUGCACGAUCAUUUGGGGGUUUCAAGGUAGAUAGUUCUAUUGAAGUUUAUGCCCAUUGGUUUAGAUUGCUUGUUGGGAACUGCAGAACCAUCUAUGAUGGGUUAGUGGUGGAACUCUUGGGCGAACCAUCUAUUAUAGCACUUUCAAGGAUGCAACAUAUGCUUCCUCUUAGUUUAGUUUUUCCACCUGCCUAUUCCAUAUUUGCUCUUGUUCUGUGGUGGCCCUUCUUUUUGAAUUCUAAUGUUGUAGCCCGUGAAGACAUGAAUCAACUUCAUCAGUCUCUAUCUGUUGCCAUAAAUGAUACAAUAAAACAUUUAACUUUUCGAGAUGUAUGCUUGAGAGAUAGUCAAAGUCUCUAUGAUUUUAUGGCUUCAGAUACAAGUGAUGCUGAAUUUGCAACUUUGCUAGAGUUGAAUGGCUCAGAUAUGCAUUUCACAUCCAAGGCAUUUGUUCCUCUUCGUGCAAGGCUUUUUCUGAAUGCAAUGGUUGAUUGUAAAAUGCCACAAUAUAUGUUUCCUCAGGAUGAUGGAAGCAAGAUUUCUGGAUAUGGUGAAUCUAAGCUUCAGGAUAAGAUAGUACAUGUUUUAGAUAACCUGCAACCUGCUAAAUUUCACUGGCAAUGGGUUGAACUUAGGCUACUUUUAAAUGAACAAGCUCUUGUUGACAAACUAGAGGCAUCUGAUAUGUCCUUAGCUGAUGCUAUACAGUUGUCCUCACCCAAUCCAGAGAAGUCUGCUUCUGCUUCUGAGAACGAGAACAAUUUUAUUGCAAUAAUUCUCACUAGGUUACUGGUCAGACCUGAUGCUGCAUCCCUUUUUUCAGAGUUGAUUCAUCUUUUUGGGAGGUCACUAGAGGAUUCAAUGUUGCUGCAAGCCAAAUGGUUCCUGGCUGGCCAUGGUGUUCUUUUUGGUCGGAAGACCAUUAGGCAACGGUUACAUAAUAUUGCUGAGAGUAAAGGCCUUUCUGUUAAGGCCCAAUACUGGGAGCCCUGGGGUUGGUGUAGUCCUUGUACUGAACUGGUGGCCAACAGGGAGGAGAAGGAGUUUGAUGCUGCAUCUUUUGAAGGAGAAGUUGUUGAAGGUGGGGUGGAGCUGAAAGGUUGCUUAAAAGGUUUCUCUCAAGUGAUUGACUUGGAAAGGUCAAGCACAAACCAGCUGCAUGUGACUGAGAAAGCUUUUGUUGAGUUAAUUAUUCCUUGCAUAGAUCAAAGCUCUGAUGAAACUCGCAAUUUAUUUGCAAGUGAUUUGAUCAAACAGUUGAAUAGUAUUGAGCAACAAAUACCUGCUAUCACUCAUGGGGUGAGCAAGAAAGUAGGAAAUGCUCCUUCUGGAAUUGAAGGUCAGACUAAUAAAGUAAGUAGUCGCAAAACUAGAAGAGGGGGCAGCCCUGGAUUGAGUAGACGACAAACAGCUGCAACUGAUUCUUCUCCACCUGCUCCUGUUGCUUUACGAGCUUCUAUGUCAUUACGUUUGCAUUUAAUCAUGAGAUUUCUUCCCAUUCUUUUCACAGAGGGGGAGCGAGCUGUUCGGAACCUGAGACAUGCACUUGCCUCUGUAAUUCUUCGUCUCCUUGGUAGCCAGGUUGUGUAUGAGGAUGCAGCUAUAUCGGUUAAUGCCCUGCACAAUUCUCAGUUGAAGAGGAUGGUGGAAUCACCUUCCAAAGCUUCUGCUGGUCUUGUAGAUAUUUCUGUCGAGGGCCUCUUUGAUCAUAUGUUACUUGUUUUGCAUGGAUUAUUGAGUAGCUGUCUUCCAAGUUGGCUUAGGUCGCCAGUUUUUUCAAAGACGACCAACGAACCUACUGGGGAUAUUCCCGGAUUUGAUCAAGAUUUGCUGGAGACUCUGCAGCAUGACCUAGACCAUAUGCAACUGCAAGACUCUAUACGGUGGCGUAUCCAAGCCGCAAUGCCAGUACUUGUUCCCCCUAUGCGCUGUUCUCUCUCCUGCCAGCCGCCAUCGGUUCCAGUUUCUGCUCUUGUUUCUCUCCAACCCAGUUCUGCAAAACACAUGUCUAACUCUACUAGUUCAAACACAAGAAACCCAGUUCCAUUGUCAAGAACCUCAGCUACCAUGUCCGGGAAGUCAAAACAACAGGUCAAUGAUUCUGAAGUUGACCCGUGGAUGCUUUUAGAAGACGGGGCCGGAUCGAGCUCCUCUGCGAGCAAGACUGCUAUUAUGGGAAGUGGUGACCAUGUUAAUCUUCGGGCCACUAGCUGGCUUAGAGGGGCAAUAAGGGUGAGACGGACAGACCUUACUUACCUUGGUGCUGUGGAUGAUGAGACCUGAUUCUAACAUACUUUGGUUCCGAGUAAGAGAACUGGCAUGAAGAUGCCGGUUCAUGCGUGCGCUUCUCCGUUGUUAUUUUAUUGAGCAGCUCAUCCCCCAUUAGUUGCACCCUGUUUAACUGCUAACCCAUAGAUCACCCCCAUCUGUACCGUGCAUUUCCCGGCAUGGUUCCAGGUUUGCUCGCUUGGUGUAUAUAUAUAUUCCCCCUAUUUUUAUAGAUUACAGGGAUGGGGAUGGUUGUUUCUGCUCCAUUUGAUCCUAGAAAUAUAUUCAAGUGGUGCAUAGCUUUUCCAAGCUUACUUUCAUUUGACGUCCUGUUUGGAUCAUGGUAUCCAUGUUAUAAGAAUGAAAAUAAAGUUAGGUUUUGAUUUGAAGAAACCGUUAUAUAUAUAUAUA